AUGACGUCGUACCGUGAUCACCCCUAUGCGCAUGCGCAAAACCGCCCGCGACCCCUCAUCGAGCAGAUACCAGACUACCGCGACGACCUUGACGUAUCCGACGAAGAAGAAGGCUUCUACGCACGCGACGACGAUUUCCUGAUUCCGCCAAAGUUCCAGGCGGCGAUCGCACGCACAACCGACCGAAUCCCCCGGAGGAUAAAGCGCCACAGUGUCACGUAUCUCGUAAUCGCGGUUCUCUUUUUGAUAAGUUGGUGGACAUACUUUGGGCCUAGACACACAGCAUACAGAACGGAGUUGCAUCUCAUGGACAACGCACCAACGAUGAGCUACGGCAGCAAUGUCCGGCCAGAGUUCAAGGGCAUGAUCCAGGUCAGCGACAUGGACGAGCAGCAUCUGCCUAAGAAGCACAGCAGACUCGUCUUCGUCGGCGAUGUCCAUGGCUGCAGAAAGGAACUGGAGCAUCUCCUCAAGAAGAUCGACUUCAACCACAAGCACGACCACCUCGUCAUGACCGGCGACAUGAUAGCCAAGGGCCCAGACUCGCCAGGCGUCAUCAAGCUCGCCCAAAAGAUCGGCGCUUCCUGCGUGCGCGGAAACUGGGAAGACAAGCUCCUGCUCUCCAUCGCCGACGCACAAGAUCGUCACGUCCUCAAAUUCACCCCCGACGGCUCCCCCGACGCAAACAUCGACUUUGUAGACGAAGUCAGCCAAUCGCACGGUGACUACAAGCUACGCAAGCUAGCGAAGCAAUUCACCAAAAAAGAAAUCGAAUACCUCCGACAAUGCCCCGUCAUCCUCCGCGUCGGCACCGUCCCGACAUUAGGCAACCUCGUAACCGUACACGCUGGCCUCGUCCCCGACACCCCACUCGAACACCAAGACCCCUUCCACGUUAUGAACAUGCGGACUAUCGAUCUUAAGACGAGAAUACCGAGUAGCAAACAUUCGGGCACGCCUUGGGAGAAGUUCUGGAAUCAUCACCAGGAGAAGCUGAAGCAGGAGGAUAGGGCGACGGUGGUUUACGGACACAACAGAAAGAAGGGUCUCAAUAUACAUGAAUUCUCCUAUGGUCUGGAUACGGGGUGUGUUAGUGGGGGCAAGCUGACAGCGCUUGUUGUUGAUGGAGACGGGAAGACGGAGUUGGUGCAUGUCAAAUGUGGCAAGGAGAGUGGGUAUGCUAGUGAUUAA